CGUGCUGCUAACGCUGGUGCGGGGAACGGCGCUUGCCAAUUCUGGUAGUGCGGUACAAGGGAGAAGAAACGUGUGGCAUGGCCGAAUGCUUGCGAUGUCUCUUCCAGCAAACAAAACGCAGGAAAAGGAAAUUAGUACACUGAUUUGUAUUGUUCUGCAGUGAACUGAGUUAAAAAGGGAAUAGGGAGUGUUUGGGGUCUUGCUGCUUCUCCUGUUUUAAUGGGGCAGAGAAAAACGUGAACAACGAAAGGUGUUUACUAGCUUCAUAUUGCUGCAGACACUAGGCUAGUACCAGCCGAAUGUGGAUUUAAGGGAACUUGUCGUUCACAAUAAAUUAAAUAUAUUUGCAUAUUUUGGUUUUAAGGACAAAUCAAGAAUAAGUUGGAUUAUGUUUUGCUAAAUAUUGAAGUUAAUCGUUUUUUUUUUCAAUUUCUAAAUAGAACAUAUACAUUAUCCUGCUUGAUUGCACUGUGUUAUAUCAGACUAGAAAACAACACUGGACGGUUGUUUUUCUUUCUCUCUUCAACAAACCAAGGAUAUCAGCGAUCGCCUGUUGAGCUGUGUAGUACAAACUAGCUCUGAGAAUGCUGGUUGCACGUAUCCUGUGUUCGGGGUUGAUUCUAAUUUGUGGAAGCGCUGCGGUGCAAGGCGACUCUUCCACGGUUCCUUGCCCGGCUCCGUGCCGGUGCGACGGGGAUGGAGGUGCAGAUUGCUCUGGUAAAGGACUGACCACCGUUCCAAUGGGGCUAAGCGCCUUCACCUACUACCUGGAUAUCAGUAUGAAUAACAUCACAGAGCUGCCUGCCGAAGUCUUCAAAAACCUCCCAUACUUAGAAGAACUGCGCUUGGCUGGCAACGAUCUCGCCUUCAUCCACCCCGAGGCCUUGUCUGGGCUGCACCAGCUCAAAGUCCUGAUGCUGCAGAACAAUCAGCUGAAGACUGUCCCCAACAAGGUGCUGAAAGGACUGACCUCGCUGCAGUCCCUGAGACUGGACGCUAACCACAUCACGAUGGUCCCGGAGGACAGUUUUGAGGGUCUCGGGCAGCUGCGUCACCUGUGGCUGGAUGAUAACAGCCUGACAGAGGUCCCGGUCGGUCCGCUCAGUAACCUCCCCUUCCUGCAGGCCCUGACACUGGCACUCAACAGAAUCUCAAACAUCCCGGACCGGGCCUUUGCAAACCUCUCCAGCCUGGUGGUGCUACACCUUCAUAACAAUAAAAUUAAACGGAUAGGAGACCAUUGCUUUGCCGGAUUAGACAACCUGGAAACACUGGACCUGAACUACAACAACCUGAUUGCGUUUCCUGGAGCAAUCAAAUCCCUGCCAAACCUCAAAGAGCUGGGAUUUCACAGUAACAACAUAGCCGUGAUCCCUGAAGGUGCUUUCAACAGAACCCCACUCCUAAGAACGAUACACUUGUACGAUAACCCACUUUCGUUUGUGGGCCGCACGGCUUUCCAGAACUUGUCAGAACUGCACUCCUUGAUUGUCCGAGGUGCUGCCAUGGUGCAGUGGUUUCCCAACCUGACUGGCACAGUGAACCUGGAAAGCUUAACUUUGACUGGCACUAAGAUAAGCAGCAUUCCCAUUACCUUGUGUCAGGAUCACAAGAGACUCCGCACCGUGGACUUGUCGUACAACGAGAUAAGUGAUCUCCCAAGUUUCCAGGGCUGUGCCAACCUGGAAGAAAUGGCCUUGCAGCACAAUCAAAUCAAAGACAUCAAGGCAGACACAUUUCAAGGAUUGGCUUCCCUCCGCUUGCUAGACCUCAGCCGAAAUGAGAUCAGCUCAGUUCAAAGAGAUGCUUUCAUAUCUCUCUCUGCGUUAACUAACCUGGACCUGAGUUUCAAUGAGCUGAACUCCUUACCAACUGCAGGCCUGACCGGACUGAAUCAGCUGAAACUAGCAGGCAAUCUGGCGCUGAAAGGGUUACUGGCAGCCAAGGACCUCCAGAAACUCAGGACUUUGUCAGUGCCCUAUGCCUACCAGUGCUGUACAUUUGGUGGAUGCGAUUCCUACUUGACUACCAAUGUGGAAGAUCCCAGUAAACAGGGUGGCAGCCUUAAAAAAACAGGUGAUAUAAUCCGUGAAGAUGAAGGGGAAAUAAUUCAGCUGUCUGUGCACUGUACACCUUCUCCAGGUGCUUUCAAGCCGUGUAAGCACUUGCUUGGCAGCUGGAUGAUUCGCCUCACGGUUUGGUUCAUUUGCCUGGUGGCCCUGGUGUUUAACAUCCUGGUCCUCGUCACGACCUUCGCCCCCUGUGGCACUGUGUCCUCCGCCAAGCUUUUUGUGGGCCUGAUUGCUGCCUCUAACCUGCUGAUGGGCGCAUACACAGGCAUGCUGAGUGGGCUGGACGUGGUGUCCUGGGGCCGCUUCGCAGACUAUGGCGUCUGGUGGGAGACGGGUGUCGGCUGCCGGGUCACAGGCUUCCUGGCAAUCUUCUCCUCGGAAGCCUCCAUCCUUUUCCUCGCCCUGGCGGCCAUCGAGCGCAGUGUCUCCGUGAAGGACAUCCUGAAGAAGGGUAAGAGCUGCCGGCACAGGCAGUUCCAGGUGGCGGCGGGGCUGGUCUGCGUCUUCGCCAUGGUGGCGGCUUGCCUGCCCCUCUUCCACGUGGGCGAGUUUUCCUCCUCCCCUCUCUGCCUGCCCUUCCCCACGGGCGAGACUCCCUCCCUGGGCUUCACGGUCACCUUGGUCCUCCUGAACUCGGUGGCCUACCUCCUGAUGGCCGUUAUCUACACCAAACUCUACUGCGGCCUCGAGAAGACAGACUUGUCGGAGAUGCUGCAGUCCAGCAUGAUCAAGCAUGUGGCCUGGCUCAUCUUCACCAACUGCAUCUUCUUCUGCCCUGUGGCGUUCUUCUCCUUCGCCCCUCUGAUCACGGCCAUUGCCAUCAGCCCGGAGAUCAUGAAGUCGGUGACGCUCAUCUUCUUCCCCCUGCCGGCUUGCCUGAACCCCGUGCUCUACAUUUUCUUCAACCCCCAGUUCAAGGAGGACUGGAGACGGCUCAAACGCUGCGGCAGGCGGACGGAUGGCAAGUCGGUGGGCACGGGUGCCGGCAGGCAGAACAGAUGCUCAGCGGGGCAGGAUUUCUACUAUGACUGCGACGUCUACGCUCAGCUGCAGGGCGGCAACCUGGCCGUGUGUGACUGCUGCGAGUCAUACCUGCUUGCCAAGCCCAUGCCCUGUAAACACUUGGUAAAGUCGCACAGCUGCCCGGUGCUGGCGGUGGUGCCCUGCCAGCGGGCGGAUGGUUACUGGUCAGACUGCGGCACACAGUCGGCCCAGUCGGAGUACGCGGACGAGGGAGACUCCUUUGUCUCGGACAGUUCGGAUCAAGUCCAGGCUUGCGGACGGGCCUGCUUCUACCAGAGUCGCGGCGUCCCUCUGGUCCACUAUUCGUACAAUAUUCCGAGAAUCAAAAACUAGAGCAAAGCCAGUACUGUUCAGAUACUUAAUAUAAACCAUAAACACUAUGAAACGCAUAUAGUGUCUCUAUAUGCCAACGUACAGGAAGCACUUUUGUAAUCACUAUGUGACUUGCCUAUAAAGAAGGGAAUUUGGCAAUACAUUUCUUUUCUCUUGAGCCAUGAAUCUUUGUUUAACAAAACGAGGUUCCCAUUUUUUUGUGUUUUAAAUAAGGUUUAUCGUUAACCCAGUCAUUGCGACUUUUGGGCCUAUCUUGGAUUCACUUUGUUGGCAUAAGUGUCUUCUUCAGAAUGAUAGAGUUGCCAUGGCAAAUGCUUUUUAUUUACAAUUUGAGGGACAUUCUUUCUGCUUUUGUUUUCAUUCCAAGACAAAAAGAAAACUUCAGCUGAGGAAAUGGGUACCUACCUCCUAACUAUAUAUGAUUUUAAAAACUAAAUGAACAUUAGAUAAUGUAUUUCUUCAUGGAGUUCUAUGCUGAUGGGUUGUAUCAUGCCUAGAGAUGUAGCAGCUAUGCACAUUUGAAAUCGUGACUUGACGAUACUGAGCAUGUAUUAAGUUACAUUUUGAUAUUAAAAUAGACACGAUUUUGGGGGCUCUGAAAUCGACCAUUAUAUAAACAUUUUAUUGAGGUGAACGAGACAAUUUCCUUUAAGGAAAGCGCAAGGUGUUAAAGUGGGGUAUUAAUUUGUGUUGGGUUUAUUCUUCAACAGUGUACAUUUUGGGAUCAUGAUCGGGGAAGUCACACAUGCUUUUACAGUACAUCUCACUCCUGAGACGAUUCAUAUGAAAACAUCAUUCACAAAAGUCCCUUAUUUUUUGCUGUUGAUGCUCUGUUAUGUUCUGUCACAACACCUUGUGGAGAUAUCUCCAGAACUUGGCCUUUUGAAAGAAACCCAAAUUGCAGUCCAAUGCAGUUUUAUACUGUAUUCAGAAACAACACAUAUGUGUUGCUGCUAAAUUACUGUUUGCAAUCAUUCAGAAGGGUUUUGAUUGCAAUUAUUCAAAUACUAUGUUUUAUAUUAAUUUAAUAUAGCCUGUAUUAAAGUGCUUUGACACGAUUCGAUUUUUUCCAGCAGUUUCUGUCACUGUAGACAUAUGUAACACAUGCUAGAUCAGCAAAAUCUCAUUGUACGAGUCGGCAAUAGCCAUUGAACACACACUAUGUUCUAAGUUUCCCUUUGUAUUGCUGUCACAGUAGCAGUUCUCAGUGACUUAACUAUACACUGUAGGCUCUUUGAUCUCUAGCCUGUGUAACACAUUGUAACGCACGUCUAUGGUGAAAGAGAAUCUAGUAGCAACUAGAUCUGAGGAGUUGUUCAGGCCAAAGCACUUUAACAUAUCAUAAAGUUGAACAUAUUCUAAUUAGUGUCAGCAUUUGGUAGAGGGGAGCCUAAGAGGUGUACUCGUGUUUGUUGCUUCUGUUUUUUAUUUUCAUAUUUGUCUCCAGUGUCGUGCUGUGUGCCAAAAGAGGCUGCAUUUCAUUUUAAAGAAUGUUGCCAUUUUAAGGGCAGCUUGUCUUGUGUAUCCACUGUAAGGUUUAAUAGAAAUCUAGGUAAGAACUGUCUCGUGUGUGUGUGUGUGGUUGUUAAUACACUGUCACUGACAAUAUCACAUUGCCAAUGUCUUCGGUAGCUGGAAGAUAAGAAAAUAAACAAUGCUUAAUGAUUAGUAUUACUUUCUGUAAAGGCAAUGGCAAUUGCAGGGGUCUGAACUCCCAGGAUGUGGUAGAAAUCUGGUUCGGCAUAAUAUGAAUAAUUCGUUUUAAUGUCUUCCUAUGUUGGGAAUGAUGAUUUACUUUAUACUUUCCAAUUCAGUUUUAGUGGAUCUUGUAUCAAGUGCUUCAAUACUGCAGCCUAUAGCAAUGACUAAAAUGGUGUGGCUGGUUUUGCUUUUUAAUUUUUUUUUUUUUUAAUGAAAAGACCAUUUAUUGGGUACACUAUACAUCACCGCCAUUGUUUUUGCCAACAGUACUAUUGUAACUUAAAUUGGAUAUCUGGAAGAAAAAAAACCGAAAACGAACCAACAGCUUUUUAUCACGACAAGGGAGCCAAUGACAAGGUUGCUGAUGCUAAUGAGAAGUAAGAAUGGUUAGCAGUCCUUUUAAUGCACAGGACCACACAGAAAUAGUACAGUCUCUAAAUCAGUCACAUACCAUAUGUGCUCCCAAGUUGCAUCUCCUGAAUUUAGCUGAUUUUUUAAGCACAGUAUCUGAACUCUUUGAUACACUUUUUUUUUUUUAAAUUCUAAAGCAAGCUCACUGUCACAGCCUUUGCCGUUUUUAAUAACAUUCCUGGAAAAGUAGAAAAAUCAAGCACAAAAAAAAAGCCAAAUUUGUUUUUGUACAAUAGACAAUAAGGUGUGAACUGUAUAUAAUGUACAUAAGAUAAAUUCCUAAUUUGAGGUGUGUGUUUGUUGUAAAUUAUUUGAUAGGUAAAAAAAAAUAAAUACAAAAAAUGACUAAAAUAAACCUAAUGGGAUACAUUGCAUAACAAUGGAAGCUACCUCCUGAACUGUUGUGGCUGCCAGUAGCAGGAUUGUUAAAUUGUGUUUUUUCUAUAGAUGUUUUCGCUGUUGCUUUUGUAAGUAAAUCUGGUUUGUAUAUUGUCACAAAAUUUCAGAAUUAUUGUAUAUUAAAACAAAACAAAAAACAUCUAGUUUAUAAAUGUGGAAGGGAUGGAUGUACUGUAUAUUGUAAUUUUUGUAAACCAAACCAUUCAUAUAUAAAAGAAUAUCAUUGCUUUUAA